AUGUUUUUCUGGUUGGACUGUAUUGUCAGCAGUAUCAGCACGAUUUGGUUUGCCGUCAAAUGGUAUACCAGUAUGGAUCAACAAUUGGAUGACACCACAGACAAUGAAGAAGCGAAAAAGAUGCUUGCAGAUAGCUUAAAGAUGGAGAAAAUGCUAAGCAUUGGCAUGCUGGUUCUUCUUCGCCUAGUCCACUUCUAUUUUGCCUAUGUGGUAACACUUUAUUAUAAAUCCAUUCAUAUGGCUCAAUAUGCGCGUGUACCAUCUUCGAUGGAGCAAGGCGAAGAGGAAACCGAACUCGAUACUCGCAAUCCGACCUAUCCAUCGUCAGGAUCCAACAAGGUUCCCAAACCAUCCAUCGACUAG